GGGUUUCGAAUCUCUUCCCUCCAUUACUGUCGACUGCUUCUCCGUUCUGGCAGCAAGCGACCAUGAAGAUUCGUUCCUCGGUGAAGAAGAUGUGCGAGUUCUGCAAGACGGUGAAGCGCCGCGGGCGCGUGUACGUCAUUUGCUCGGCCAAUCCCAAGCACAAGCAGCGACAGGGGAUGGUCACGUUCGCCGGCGAAGGCCAGCUCCCUCCCGCGUCAUCAGAGACUGGCUUGAAGCAGUUAAUUUCGCCUACCUCCAAUGCGCAGACCAGCAUUAUGGCUCUUAUGCCGAAGAAGCCCGAGCCUUCCAUGUUGUUUGGAUGGCGGUCGAGCCUGGCAUCCCUCCUAUUCAAGUAGGGCAUUUUGUUUCAGAUACCUUUUUGCUUGGGGUUAGCUGUCGUAGACAAAAGAUGAUGCUCUGCUUAUGCCUCGAGAGAUAUUGCGUUUACUUGUUAUCGGUGGUUGGCACAUUUGCUUCAUAACAUGUAUUCCCGGUAUAAUCUUUCCUUGUCCCCCCAUGUAAUGCCAGGGUUCUCACUGUAAUACUCUUU